CCAUCAGACUGAUGCGAGAGCCAGCUCCAGCCGCGCUCUUCCCGAUAUUGUUCAGUGUUGUGCGUUCAUGCAAAAUUACCACAACACAACUUUCCAUAACUCCACACAAUUAUAUUGUAAAUGGAUAUUACUGACUGCCUGACAAGUGCUAUUAAAGAGAAGUUUGAAGAGGAUAUACUUCUCCUGUGCAUGAUUCUCUUAUCGGAAUCAUUGUCCAUAUUUGUCCGCCAUCAGACCCAUGAUUUAAAAUAGAUGUUGGGAAGUGCUUCCCCACAUAAAUUGGUCCUUCGAGCCGGAUCUGGCAACAGCAAACAAUAUGGACACUGCAGCUAGUGAUGCAUCAGAGACUGUGGAUAAGACCCAAAAGACAGAGUAAACUGCCUUCUCAUCUGGGUGACUAUGAGGUUGGCUACAUACCUCCAGUGGACCCUCCUCCAAUCGCUUCUUCUCGCUGUCACAGCCAACAUAAGAGCCAAUCGAGGAAAACGUCCCAUAGUAAAGCCAGCUCUCAUUCCAGAUCCAGUUGUCAUUCCAUUAUCUCUGGUGUGUCAGCUACUUCUGCUCUCACAAGCAGUCAGGCAGCCAUAGUGGAGGAGAGAAUCAAACAGCGGCAGUAUGACGAGCUACUUCACCAAAUACAGGAGGACGCACUGGCAGAAAAGGAAUAUCAGAGACUGCAAACCCAAGCUAAAGAGGCUCAGCGGGCUCAGGAAGAGGCUCUUAUGGCAAAGGAGGCCUUAUCUAACCAGUUAGAACGACGCCGCAAGUUGAAAAAAGCAGAAACUGAUCUAGAAGUGGCCAAGCUGGUGUGUUCCCUACUCAGCAAAGAUACAAGUUUGACUGAUCCAGAGACCCAAGCAUCACCUGACACAACUGGGCCACCACCUCGGUUCCUUCAUGCCAGCUCAGCCCUCUCACCUGUAUGUCAGCAGUCUCCCUGCCCCUCAACUUCAGUGAUGCAAGCCACACAGACUGUUCCAGAGGCACAGAGCACAUUAAGAGACUUGCACACAGUUCAGUCAACACCUAAAACUUCUCCCUUACCAUUACAAGCGAUUAUGCCUACACAAGCUCCAGUUCUCACAGCGCAGUUCCCGUGUGCAGUCACUCAAGUCCAAGGGAGACCACAAGCCGCAUACCCUGUGGAAAACAUGUCACCUGUUCCACAGCAGGCCAGCCCAGUCUCACUGCCACUGCCCUCGUUAAACCCUAUGCAACCAGCAGUGACAUCACACACAGAUGGCGUCCUGGUGUCACAGACUGUACCCCCUGUCGCAACCAUUGCAUCAUCCUCAAAUGUGAAUACUCUGUUACCAAGCCAGGUAACCUCACCUAUGGGUCAGACUAAUCCCUUUUCAGCCACACAGCAGCAAGUGACAGUAUCACAUAAAACACCCAUCGGCCCUCAUCCCUAUCCAAAUGCAUCUGUUCCUCAAACUGGUUACUUGCCUCAACCCGGGACAGAGCUUCUGAUGGCAGCUGCUUAUGGUAUCCCUCGCCCCACACUACCAGUGUUUGAGAGUGGCACCGAAAGUGACUUUGCUUUGUUAAAAUUGGCCUUGGAUAAUCUAUUAAGCCACCAUACUCACAUUAGCGAGCAGUACAAAUAUCAAGUGUUGCUGAGUCAUCUGAAAUUUGCUAGCGCUCAACAGUUGGCUAAGGCAUAUAUGCACCACCCACAACCAUACACCGCAGCAUUGCAGGCUUUGCAGGAGAAGUAUGGCCAGCCAAGGCAGCUUGUGCAAGCAGAAUUAGGUGCUAUCAUGAGUACUCCGCCUCUCAGAAUGGGUGAUACCAAUGCAUUUGACUUGUUUGCCUUGUCUGUUCAAUCCCUGGUAGGCAUGUUAAGGACUCUGGAGGGUCAGAAUGGAUAUGAGCUUAUGUGUGGUUCUCAUGUAGACCGCCUUCUGGGAAAGAUGUCACCCGCUUACCGAGAUGGCUUUGUAGAAUACUGUCUAAGCCAUGGUAUUCUUCAGACUGGUACAGAUAGAACCUACACCCUCCCCGACUUGGCAGCUUGGUUACAAACAAAGUCACAAGCAAAGCGUAUCUCUAGUCGAGCUGCUGCCAUGUUUCAAUCUGACACAACCAAGUCACAUAGCAAGAACAAGGGAACCACACCUUAUCGGGAGCGGUCGACACCUGUACUUCUGACAUCAGAGAAAAAUGCCAAGCCCUCUGAACCUGCGCAGGCGAAAGUCAGCUCCAAGCCAAAGCCCUAUUGUCCUCAUUGCAACAACCAAGAUCAUUAUCUCAACUCCUGUGAUAAAUUCAAGAGGCUGACCACCACACAGAUCGUCACCUGGAUCACAGAAGGUAAACGUUGUUGGAAAUGUGGCCGAAAUCAUCCAGUGGACUCCUGUAACCUUAAGCGGCCCUGCAAAGUCUGCAAAGAAUUGCACCUUACUGUCCUACACGAGUCUGUCAAAGAUACUUCCCGAGCAGUGCUUAUGGUGAGUUUGCCAUCCACACUGAUCUAUCUUGAUAGGCCCAAUCGCUCACAGAAAGUUAUGCUUAAAGUUGUCAAAGUUCUCUUGCACAGUGGUGGCCAAGCAAUUGAAGCUCAUGCUGUCCUAGAUGAUGGCUCUGAAAGAACCAUCAUCUUUCCUCCAGUAAUUCAGCAGCUUGGGCUAAAUGGAGCUCCAGAAGUUCUCCCUCUACAGACAAUCCAACAAAGUCAUACCAAACUUGAAGGGUACACAGUAACCUUGGAGGUCUCUCCCAUCACCAAACCAACAGAGAGGUAUGUCAUUCGUAAUGCCUUUACUGCUUCUGGUCUAUGUCUUGCUGAACACAAUUACCCUGUGGCAGCUCUUCAGAAAGCAUAUCGGCACCUGAAAGGUCUACCACUACAACCCGUAGACAAAGUCAAACCCUUACUCCUCAUAGGGUCUGAUAUGCCCCACCUCCUGACUCCGAUUCAGCCAGUGCGUAGCGGAACAGAGGGUGGCCCUGUUGCCAUAUGUACCAAGCUUGGUUGGGUAUUGCAAGGCCCAAUGUGUCCAAUUCAGCCCCCUAAAGGCCAGCAACAAUGCCUUCAUAUUAUGACAGCCCCAACACGUGACGAGCUGUAUCAGCAUGUGGAGCGUUUGUGGCAAAUUGACACCUUGCCAUACAAUGAAAAGUUGAUCACAAGAUCAAAACAAGACCAACAAUGCUAUAACCUCUUGCAGUCUGCUACUGUCAGAGUAGACGUGAAUGGUAUCCAACGAUAUGCUACUCCGCUAUUAAGGCGUACUCCUAUCACCUUGCUGCAUGCAGGCAAAGAGGCUGUGCUCUCCACUCUUAGAAACAUAGAAAGAAAGCUGGCCAAGAAUCCUGAGCAAGCUCAAACUUACUGUUCUGAAAUUCAAAAGCUUGAAUCAGCAGGCUAUAUUGCCAAGAUAACACCAGAGGAGGCAGACAAGUCCGCAGAGUCAUGGUUCAUUCCGCACCACAUGGUGCAUCAUAACGGGAAGGACCGAAUAGUCUUCAACUGUUCCUUCCAGUACCAUGGUCAAAGCUUAAAUGAACAACUCCUUCCAGGGCCAACUCUGGGUCCAUCUUUGCUAGGCGUCAUACUGAGGUUCAGGCAACAUGCCGUUGCAGUGAGUGGGGACAUCAAAGGCAUGUUCCACCAAGUACGUCUCUUACCUGGUGACAAGUCAGUGCUGCGAUUCAUCUGGAGGAACAUGGAUAGGGAAGCUGACCCAGACAUCUACGAGUGGCAGGUACUUCCCUUUGGUACGACCUGCAGCCCGUGCUGCGCCAUUUAUGCUCUUCAGUAUCAUGCCCAGCAACACAAAGACACCAUGGCUGGCUUAGCUGAAAUCGUGGAGAACUCAUUCUACGUCGACAACUGUCUUCACAGCACUCCUGACCAAGGUGAGGCCAGAGCCAUAAUAGAUGGAUUGCGUCAGUCUUUGCUACAGGGAGGAUUUGAGAUCAGACAGUGGGCGAGCAAUAUACCAUCCACUCUCAAGCACCUCCCAUCGGAAGCCAGAUCAGCUAGUAGUGAGUGCUGGUUGUCUCAGAGUGGCACAGACAUGCAGGAACCUACCCUCGGUCUACAGUGGAAUUGCCUUGAUGACACCCUCGGGUAUAAGAACCGCUUAGCAGAGCCUGUUCAGCCCACCAUGAGAAAUCUGUAUAAAACUUUAGCAAGCCAAUUCGACCCUUUGGGUUUUAUCAUACCAUUCACCACAAGGGCUAAGAUUCUUAUUCAGGAUCUUUGGAAACACAACCUCAGCUGGGAUGACCCUAUCGAACCCCUACAUCUGCGUGAGAAAUGGUCCACAUGGGUCGCAGAGCUUUCCAGUAUCACCGAAGUACAAUUCCCCCGACCUUAUGCUCCUGGCAAAUCAGACACUCCUUCCACCAUUAGGGAGUUGCAUGUCUUUUGUGACGCCUCGGAGAAGGUAUAUGGUUCCGUGGCCUAUCUUCGGAUCACAGACAACAGUGAGAAAGUCCAUGUCACUUUUGUCCUAGCUCGGUCUAGAGUGGCCCCACGUAAAUGCCUAUCCAUGCCACGUCUAGAGCUGUGCGCUGCGCUUUCUGGAUCCCAGAUGGCCAAAGUGAUACAGGCUGAACUGACCCUUCCCAUAAACCAAGUUACAUAUUGGACUGAUUCCACUACUGUGUUGCAUUGGUUAAUGUCGGAGUCAUGCCGAUACAAGGUGUUUGUGGGGUCACGAGUAGCCGAGAUUCAGACUUUGACAGAUGUUACUAGGUGGAGGUAUGUUGACUCCGCUCGAAACCCAGCUGACCACAUCAACAGAGGUCUGACCUUAACAGAGUUAGUAAGCUCUCACCAAUGGAGAUCUGGGCCAUCCUUUCUGACUGAAUCACUGGAUAUGUGGCCAUUAAUACCCAGCACAGGCACUGAGCCUGACCUUAGUGAGAUGAAAAGGUCAUUCUUUGUUGGAGCAGUCACUGUUCCUAGUCCAGUGCUUUCAGACCUCAGUCAGUUCAGAACCUGGAAGGAGCUAGUUCAAGCUGCUGUCGAUUCCUGUGAUGGGGCGGCCAAUACUGACGCCGCUGGUGAAGCCUCAAAGUUUAUUCAGGCAGAGAAGUUUCUCUUAGCACAGGCACAGCUUGAUUCAUUCCCAGACGAAUUCAGAGCUUUGAAAGCUGGUCAGUCCAUUCCAACAGACAGUCGGCUGAGCUCUCUCGCUCCAGAGUAUGAUAAAGAUACUGGUCUUAUCAGAGUGGGUGGACGACUUCGUCAAAUCGAAACCCUGCCUUCCGAUACCAUCCACCCAAUUGUCCUAGACCCUAAACAUCAGGUCACAAAGCUACUCAUUCAAGACAUAGAUCAACAACUCCAUCAUCCUGGUGCAGAGCGAGUUCUAGCAGAGCUACGCCGUAGAUUCUGGGUGCUUAGAGGCCGUGAAGCUGUACGCAAACACCAACAUUCCUGUCAGGAUUGCCAGUUUUGGCGCGCCAAGCCACAGAAUCCACAGAUGGCUGACCUCCCACUCUGUAGGUUACGCCUCUUCAAACCACCAUUCUACUCCACCGGUGUAGACUGCUUUGGGCCCUUUCAUGUAAAGAUAGGCCGGCGCCAAGAAAAGAGAUGGGGGAUUUUAUACAAGUGUUUAACAACCAGAUGUUUACAUCUUGAUCUCCUUGAACACUUGGACACUGAUGCCUUCCUCCUUUCUUUACGACGCUUUAUAGCCCGUAGAGGGAAGCCUUUCGAGUUAUUAUGUGACAAUGGCACAAACUUCACUGGAGGCGAUCAUGAGUUAAAGGACAGCUUUAGUCAAAUGGCUCCUGAACUUCAGACACAGCUGGCUAAACAGCAGAUCCAGUUUCGCUAUAACCCACCGAGUGCCCCUCACUUCGGCGGAACAUGGGAGCGAGAAGUGAAAUCAAUUAAGGCUGCCUUGCGAGUCAUUCUACGAGAACAAUCUGUGACUGAAUCUGUCCUGCAAACACUACUAGUGGAGGUUGAGGGCAUACUCAACUCCAAGCCGCUUGGCUAUGUCUCAUCGGACAUUGCAGACCUGGAUCCCGUGACUCCAAAUAUGUUACUCAUGGGACGCCGUGAUGCUUCAUUGCCACAAGUCCUUUAUGACUCAUGUGAGCUCUUGGGGAAACGCAGGUGGCGACAUAGCCAGGUAUUGGCUGAUCAGUUCUGGACCGCUUUCAUCCGCUGCUACUUACCAGAACUACAGGGCAGACAGAAGUGGAGACUGGAUGGCAAAGAGUUGGCAGUGGGACAUGUGGUCCUCCUAAUUGAUCAUCAACUACCACGAGCUCUGUGGCCUGUGGGUACCGUGGCAGAGACCUAUGCAGGGCCCGAUGGGAAGGUUCGGACAGCCAAAGUCCAAGUCAGAGACAAGAUGUACACACGCCCUGUUGUGAAACUAAUUCAACUCCCCCAAAUGACAGAUGAUGAUACAAACCCUCCGGACGGACUUUCUUAACAAAUACAAUUAUCCUGACAGAUAAUUGGGGGCGGCUGUGUCAGAAAGCCCAUCCCGGAACGGAAAAUACACAACGGUUUCUGACGGACUGAUAUGAGCGUGCUACUUCCAUCAGACUGAUGCGAGAGCCAGCUCCAGCCGCGCUCUUCCCGAUAUUGUUCAGUGUUGUGCAUUCAUGCAAAAUUACCACAACACAACUUUCCAUAACUCCACACAAUUAUAUUGUAAAUGGAUAUUACUGACUGCCUGACAAGUGCUAUUAAAGAGAAGUUUGAAGAGGAUAUACUUCUCCUGUGCAUGAUUCUCUUAUCGGAAUCAUUGUCCAUAUUUGUCCGCCAUCAGAUCCAUGAUUUAAAAUAGAUGUUGGGAAGUGCUUCCCCACAAUGUAGGAAUGAAUU